AUGGUGGAGGUCGGCCUGAAGGGCUGGCUGCUCUGGGCCCUUCUGAAGUUGGUCCAGAGCGAGCUGUACACGCCCAUACACAAGCCCGGAUACUGCGCCUUCUACGACGAGUGCGGGAAGAACCCGGAGCUGUCUGGAAGCCUGGCGUCACUGACCAACGUGUCCUGCCUGGACAACACGCCUGCCCGCCACGUCACGGGGGACCACCUGGCCCUCCUGCAGAGCAUCUGUCCCCGCCUCUACACCGGCCGCAACACCACCUACGCCUGCUGCUCCCCCAAACAGCUGGUGGCCCUGGACCUGAGCCUGGGGGUCACCAAGGCCCUCCUCACCCGUUGCCCCGCCUGCUCUGACAACUUCGUGAGCCUGCAUUGUCACAACACCUGCAGCUCCAACCAGAGCCUCUUCAUCAACGUGACCCGAGUGGCCGAGCAGGGGGGCAGCCAGCCCCGGGCGGUGGUGGCCUACGAGGCCUACUACCAGCGCAGCUUCGCCGAGCGGACCUACAACUCCUGCAGCCGGGUGCGCAUCCCUGCGGCUGCCACGCUGGCGGUGGGCACCAUGUGCGGUGUCUACGGCUCUGCCCUCUGCAAUGCCCAGCGCUGGCUCGAUUUCCAGGGGGACACGGGGAACGGCCUGGCACCCCUGGACAUCACCUUUCACCUGUGGGAGCCUAGCCAGGCCGAGGGGAGCGUGAUGCAACUUCUGAAUGGUGAGGUCGUGCCCUGCAACCAGUCCCAGGGCAACGGCACGUCGGCCUGCUCCUGUCAGGACUGCGCUGCUUCCUGCCCCGUCAUCGCCCGGCCCCAGGCCCUGGACCCCACCUUCUACCUGGGCCGGAUGGUAGGGAGCCAGGCCCUCAUCCUCAUCCUCUGCUCUCUCUUCGCCUCGCUCACCGCCUUCCUCCUGUGGUCCCGCCUGGCCAAGCGGUGCCAGCGCAAGACGCCCGACCCCAAGGCGAGCAUCAGCCUCGCCCACCGGCUCAGCCUCUCCACCCACACCGCCCUCAGCCAGUGCUUCCAGUGCUGGGGCACGUGGGUGGCCUCUUGGCCAGUGACGGUCCUGGUGGUGGCCACUGCUGUGGUGGUGCUUAUGGCAGGGGGCCUGGCUUUUAUAGAACUGACCACAGACCCCGUGGAGCUGUGGUCAGCCCCCAGCAGCCGAGCCCGAAGUGAGAAGGCAUUCCACGACAAGCAUUUUGGCCUCUUCUUCCGAACCAACCAGGUGUUCUUGACGGCACCUAGCCGGCCCCGCUACAGGUAUGACUCCCUGCUGCUGGGGCCCAAGAACUUCAGUGGGAUCCUGUCCUCUGACCUGCUGCUGGAGGUGCUGGAGCUGCAGGAGAGGCUGCGGCACCUGCAGGUGUGGUCGCCAGAGGAGCAGCGAAACGUCUCCCUGCGGGACACCUGCUACGCCCCCCUCAACCCGCACAACGCCAGUCUCUCCGACUGCUGCGUCAACAGCCUCCUGCAGUAUUUCCAGAACAACCGCACACGCUUGCUGCUCACGGCCAACCAGACGCUGUCGGGGCAGACCUCCCAGGUGGACUGGAAGGACCACUUUCUCUACUGCGCCAACGCCCCCCUCACCUACAAAGAUGGCACGGCCCUGGCCCUGAGCUGCAUGGCUGACUACGGGGCACCCAUCUUCCCUUUCCUCGCCAUGGGGGGCUACAAAGGGAAGGACUAUUCUGAGGCCGAGGCCCUGGUCAUGACCUUCUCCCUCAACAAUUACCCUCCUGGGGACCCCCGGCUGGCCCAGGCUAAGCUCUGGGAGGGGGCCUUCUUGGAGGAGAUGCGAGCCUUCCAGCGUCGGACGGCUGGUGUGUUCCAGGUCACAUUCAUGGCAGAGCGCUCCCUGGAGGAUGAGAUCAACAGCACAACAGCCGAGGACCUGCCCAUCUUUGCUGUCAGCUACCUUGUCAUCUUCCUGUACAUCUCCCUGGCCCUGGGCAGCUACUCCAGCUGGCGCCGAGUCCUGGUGGACUCCAAGGCCACGCUGGGCCUGGGCGGGGUGGCUGUGGUGCUGGGAGCAGUCCUGGCUUCCAUGGGCUUCUUCUCCUACCUGGGCGUCCCCUCCUCACUGGUGAUCCUGCAAGUGGUGCCCUUCCUGGUGCUUGCCGUGGGGGCCGACAACAUCUUCAUCUUCGUUCUCGAGUACCAGAGACUGCCACGGAGGCCUGAGGAGGGACGGGAGGCCCACAUCGGCCGAGCCCUGGGCAGAGUGGCCCCCAGCAUGCUGCUCUGCAGCCUCUCCGAGGCCAUCUGCUUCUUCCUAGGAGCUCUGACCCCCAUGCCAGCUGUGCGGACCUUUGCCCUGACCUCCGGCUUUGCGGUGCUUCUCGACUUCCUGCUGCAGAUGUCAGCCUUUGUGGCCCUGCUCUCCCUUGACAGCAGGAGGCAGGAGGCCUCCCGGCUGGACGUCUGCUGCUGCAAGAGAGCCCGGGACCUGCCCCCGCCUAGCCAGGACGAGGGGCCACUGCUCCGAUGCUUCCGCAAGUUCUACGUCCCGUUCCUGCUUCACCGCUUCACCCGUGUGGUCGUGCUGCUGCUCUUCCUGGCCAUGUUUGGAGCAAGUCUGUAUUUCAUGUGCUACAUCAAAGUGGGGCUGGACCAGGAGCUGGCCCUGCCCAAGGACUCGUACCUGCUUGACUAUUUCCUCUUUCUGAACCGCUACUUUGAGGUGGGGGUCCCAGUCUACUUUGUAACCACUGGGGGCUACAACUUCUCCAGUAAGGCAGGUUUGAACGCCAUCUGCUCCAGCGCAGGCUGCAACAACUUCUCCUUAACCCAGAAGAUCCAGUACGCCGCCGAGUUCCCUGAUGAGUCUUACCUGGCCAUCCCUGCCUCCUCCUGGGUGGACGACUUCAUUGACUGGCUGUCUUCAUCUUCCUGCUGCCGCCUUUAUGUCUCUGGCCCCAAUAAAGAUGAGUUCUGCCCCUCGACUGUCAACUCCUUGGCCUGCUUGAAGACCUGCAUGAGACCCACAGCAGGGUCUGUCCGGCCAUCAGUGGAGCAGUUCCACAAGUAUCUUCCCUGGUUCCUGAACGAUGAGCCCAACAUCAAAUGUCCCAAAGGCGGCCUGGCAGCGUACAGCACCUCUGUGAAUUUGGGCCCAGAUGGCAAGAUCUUAGCCUCGCGGUUCAUGGCCUACCACAAGCCACUGAAGAACUCUCAGGAUUACACGGAGGCUCUGCGGGCAGCUCGGGCGCUGGCAGCCAACAUCACCGCCGACCUGCGGAAGGUGCCGGGCACCGACCCAAACUUCGAGGUCUUCCCUUACACGAUCACCAACGUGUUCUAUGAGCAGUACCUGACCGUGAUCCCUGAGGGGCUCUUCAUGCUCACCAUCUGCCUGCUGCCCACCUUCGCUGUCUGCUGCUUCCUGCUGGGCAUGGACAUCUGCUCCGGCCUCCUCAACCUGUUCUCCAUCAUCAUGAUCCUGGUGGACACUGUGGGCUUCAUGACCCUGUGGGAUAUCAGCUACAAUGCUGUGUCCCUCAUCAACCUGGUCACGGCGGUGGGCAUCUCUGUGGAGUUCGUGUCCCACAUCACCCGCUCCUUUGCCAUCAGCACCGAGCCCACGCGGCUUGAGAGGGCCAAGGAGGCCACCAUCUUCAUGGGCAGUGCGGUGUUCGCAGGAGUGGCCAUGACCAACCUGCCCGGCAUCCUCGUCCUGGGCCUGGCCAAGGCGCAGCUCAUCCAGAUCUUCUUCUUCCGUCUCAACCUCCUCAUCACUGCGCUGGGCCUGCUGCAUGGCCUGGUCUUCCUGCCGGUCAUCCUCAGCUACCUGGGGCCUGAUGUCAACCGAGCUCUGGUGGAGCUGCAGAAGCAGGAGGGGGAGGUGACUGCGGCCAAGGCGGCCUCCUGCUCCAAGUGCCCUGCCCCGACGAGCACGGCCAACAGUGUCUAUGUCAACUAUGGCUUUGAACAUCCUGCCAAGAGCGAGGGUGGCCUGGGUAGCUCUCGGUCUCACAAUAAGCAGAAGCUCUGA